UUCAGCCGCCUAUCGAGCGAACUGUAUAAAAGGCAACGCCGGCCCACAGUGGAGCAUCAGUCAACGUUCGUUCCACGUUCCAUAACUGCAUUCAAAUCAAAAUGUUCAAGCUAGUAUUGAUCUGCGCUGUUAUCGGCCUGGCCGCCGCCUCUCCAGUGGGCCCAUUGAGCGACGAUGUGCACGCCGAGGUGGUGAGCCGCAAGGAAGAUGUCCGCGCUGAUGGCUUCGAGGCCGCCCUGGAGACCACCAACCACAUCACACGCUCGGAGGUCGGCGAUGUCCAUGGCAACAUUCAGGGCAAAUUCGGCUGGAUUUCGCCCGAGGGUGAGCACAUCGAUGUUAUCUAUGUGGCCGAUGAGAACGGCUAUCAGCCCAAGAGCGACUCGCUGCCAACCUCACCCCCGAUCCCAGAGGCAAUCCAGCGCUCCCUCGACUGGCUGGCUGCCCAUCCCAGUGCACCGGAGCACUAAAUGGCUAUGGAAUCGUAUAUGUUGACUUGACUCUAGGCCCUGCCCCGAUCGUGAUAGUCUCUAAGAAUUUUGUGCAUUGUUGAUGACAA